CAGGGUCAAGACGAGGCUCUAUAAUGCGAUGUGUGGAUGUGAGAACCACCAAGGGGAGAGAAAAGCCCAUUCGAUUCAUAUUAUUGAUUCCGGGUUGAAGAUGUCAAUAUGCCAGUCAAUAUGCCACACGGCAGAGAUAAGGAAUGGCUUCGAGCCCAGUUGCACGCCCUUGGAGAGCCCAUCCCUAGAGAACAGCCCCUUCCAUCGCUGGCAUCAACAUACUCGCCAGCAUUGUCCCCAGCGGAAGACGGUCAGGCAGUCCUCCUCCUCAUCCAGGCGUCAGAAGAGCGGCGAAAUGGGGAGGUCAAAACAACGGCGAACCCAGCCAAGAUAAAACACGAUAAAUGGACGUAUGAAGAUUACGAGAGCGUGUUGAAACAGCUUGUCUGUGGUCCCAGCUCAGUCCCCGUCGGCGUUCUCAAGAGUGCCUUGUAUCAUUUUCAGACCCAUCAGCCGAAAAAGGCCCGGCAAGGGACCUUGAAAAUGCGCAAGCGAUUCACGGAUGACGAGAAUAAUUCCCUGAUGGCCCACUUGAUAUCGCAGGCCUUGACGGAUAACCGACUCGAUCAACUCCAAGCUCUAGCUCACUUCGCCGUUCCAGCUGUUGUCAGCCGAGCGAUUCCAAUGGCACUUUUGACAGACAACAUCAAGGGCGUCCAGGUUCUCAUGGAGGAGAAGGCUGACGCGAAUACCUGCCCAAGCCUCUUCCUGGACUGUGUCGCAGCUGGGAGAUUGGAUUUUGUCCGUCUCUUACUCCAAUCGCAAGUAGCUGUUUCGGGUUCUAUCACGACACAGGCAUUGCCCGCUGCAGUAAAGCUUGGAGACGUGGAAAUGGUUCAGCUGCUCCUCGCGCAUGGAGCCAAUGCCGACUUUGAUAACGGCGUGGCACUGAGAAGCUCAAUUGAUGCCAAUUACUUGACCAUCCUCAUCUCGAUCCUCCUAUGCAACCCACAUCCCGCCAGUGAGACGUUAGCAUCGAUGGUAUCAUACGUGUGGUCCGAGCCUCAGCUCUUUGCCGGACGCCAGAUCCAACUGAUUGAGUUUUUGUUGAAUGGAGGCGCCUCCGGGUACAGCGUUGACGUGGUUUUGUCGGCUGCCGUCAAGCGGCACUGUGGAGGGUUGGUUAAGCUGCUCAUGAGCAAGGGGACAUCUAUCGCCUGUUGUGACGGCCAAGCAUAUAGAGAAGCAGUGUACGCAAUUGAUUACGGCAUGCUUGAGAUUCUCAACCAAGGGAAGCUGGGAAAGGGGCUGGCAAGUGAUAUCUUUUACUCUAUUGAUACCACUCAACAAGGAGAAGACAUAUCGUCGCAAGACUGGUACAAGCUGGCCAAGUACCUUCUGGACCAAGGGGCUGAGGGAGAUGUUGUUCACGAGGCCUUGAUUAAUCGAGUCCAGGCGAGGGAUCUCAACAGCGUCGCGAUGCUCCUCAUCUUCAAUGCAUCGGUGGACUAUAAAGCCGGACGUGCAUUGUCCAUGGCAGUGUCAUCUGGAGACGUGAAUUAUAUCGCACCGCUGCUUCAUCGAAAUCCUAGAGUCGAGUCAGUCAAUGAGGCCUUGUCCCAUGUUCCGAAUCUUUCCCAUAAUGUACAGUUGGACAUAACACUCAGGCUUCUUGAGGCUGGAGCAACUGGUCCCGCCGUGGAUAUGGCUCUAGAUACAGCAGUGAGCCUCCCUAUCGGUCAAAGAGACCAUGUGUACAUUCAAGCUCUGGUUGAUGGUGGAGCAGAUGCUGGUCAACAAGACGGGUUGUUGUUCCACAAGGUCGUCCUGGAUGGAGAUGCCGAAGUCCUCGAGAUUCUACUUGGCGGGAACUUUCCAACUGCCAUUCUUGUCCCAUGUAUCCCGCUUGCUAUGAAGCUUGACGAGCAGCGGCGGUACGAGAUGUUAGAGAUCCUGCUCGAUAAUGGCCCCAAAGGCGGUCCUGUUAUUGACCAGGCCUUAAUUGACAGCAUUGACGAAACGAACGACUCGGCGAUCCGGGUGACUGAGCUGCUGUUGAAGACUGGGGCCGCUAGCACUGCCUUCAAAGACGGAGAGGCGUUUAUAACAGCAAUUCGGUGCAAGAACCUGGUAUUUCUGAAGCUUUUGCUUCAAUUCAACUCUCUCGACGAGCACCAACACUGUGCGUGCCUUUUGUCCGCCAUAGGUCUUCCACGGGACCAUGUGAGACUGGAGAAGAUCCAGCUUCUCCUCACCAGCUGCAUAGACAUGUCCAGCGAGUCCUGGACCGCCUGCUUGAAAUCCGAGAUGCAGUGUAUGCGACAGGAUAAAGAAACAUCAAGAGUGUUCAAGCUUCUCCUUGAUUCAGCAAAGCGGCAAGGGACACUUGAUGAGUUGCUUUUGAAGGCUGUGCGAGAGCCGUUGUGUGACUAUCUCCUUCUCAAAUUCCUCCUCCAGGCCGAUGCGUCAAUACUAUACCGAGACGGCGAAUGUAUCCUUCAUGCAGUGAUGAAGAAUGACACUCGGUCCCUGCAACUAUUCCAGCGAUAUUUCCGUGACCAUCCAACCAUCAUUCCAGGAGUCUUCGAACGCGCGUGGACGAUGGGAGCCAGAGCCGGAUCCCAUGAAGCCGCACUUUCCUUCCUUCUAAAACGACGAGCAGCAGGGAGCUGUCUGAAUAUUGCACUUGUCGAUACGAUCGAGGCAGGUGAAUACUCAGAAAAGACCCUCACAUUCAUUGCCAACCUUCUGAAUGCGGGCGCGGAUGUCGACUAUAAUCACGGCGCCUGCCUUGUCAAGGCGGCCGCGAAGGGGAAUAUCGAUGUGCUCAAGGCGAUGUUUGCCCAUUGCCCAGCCCGCGAGAGCAUGACAUUGGCAUUCCCAUAUAUCUUUGCCUCUGGCGUGGACAGUCAGACGAUUUGCGCCCUUGUCAUGGAGUUCUGCUCUCAUCAGUCUCGGCCAAGCUUUACCGACAGCCCCCAACCCAUCCUUUUUCUCCUACUGCAGAAAUAUCCCAAAGAAACGGGGCUUCUCAAAUAUCUGAUAGAUGCAGGCUGUCCAGUUGAUCUUCCAGUGGUGACCCACCAGGGAAAGUAUCUGUCUUUGCUACACUGGGUACUCAUAGAAGAUGAGCACGGGAUCUCGGACAAUGUUAUUGAAGCUUUGCUGGAUGGUGGAGCAAAUCCGAACCGCAAGACUGCACACGGCCUCACACCUCUUGAACUGGCCAUCUCAAGACCGCGUCGUCAAGUCGUUGCGAGCCUCCUACGCCACAAAGCCGACGCGACAGUGGCAACAGGAAGCACUGGAUCCCGCUCCAUGCUCUUUCUUGCUGUAACAACAGGAGACAGCGACAUUGUACGCAGGGUCAUGCUGGCUAGCCUGAUGGAACACGAUGGGGCACUCCAUGAAGCGGCCAGGGAGGUGGACACCAAGAUAAUCGAGAUUCUCGUCAAAGAGGGAAAGCAGCGAGACUAUGCAUACUCCGGCUGCAACGGCCGCACCGCAUUGGCCGAGCUUUGUUUGAACGCCGACGGAAACAAACCAGUCCACCAGCUGAAGCGAGCCAUGACACUCCUCAAGGAUGGCCGCUGCUUCAGGAAGAAAUCAAACGGGAAAUCCGCCCUUCACUUGGCACUGGAUAACCCGCGAGGUGCACCGUCCAUGACCCGCGCCCUUCUCGACAGCUUCAUGGCAGAGUUCAUCAACGAGGAGUUUAAUCUUUACAAAGAAGACGGACUGGUAUACUCGCCUUUCGCCUACGUCAAGAUGGGUCGCAACAAGGCAUCGGGGAUCCACGAUGGACCUUUACUCCAGCUUCUCAGCCAGUUCGGAUGCAGGAACCGGUUCUGGGCUCGAGAUGGGCGUCCGCAGCCAGCCAACGUGGUGAAUCCGCCAGAAGAGAUUGCCAAAAUUAUAAGGGAUCAGAAGAAACAUGAACGGAUGCUGGCGCAAAUCCGUGCCCAGUCUGACGAGGCGCAAUCCGACAUCUCGAAACGACACGGGUUGAUACUCGAGACUGAACAGAGUGCAGCUGACCAGAGGAGAAUGCUAGAGGAAGAAGCAGAGAAGCGUCUCAUGUCGACUGUCGCUCGGCGACAUUUUGAAGAGCUCGCACAUUUGAAAGAGCUCUCUCAGUUGUCUGGGACAAGCCAUGAGAUCUCUAUCAGCUAUGAGCUGAAAGAUGCGUGGGCCCAGUAUGGCGAGCUGUCCCGGAAGAGGCAACAGGACGAGAUCAAACACCUGGAAGAGCAGCAAAGAAUCAUCACGGCGGGAUUCAAAACGCGGGCGGAGAUCGAGAAGAAGAAUCGCGAGGCGAACGCGCUCGAGAUGCGGCGUCUGCGAGAGCUGCAGUAUGAGAUUGACGCCUUCGACUUGAUUGAGGGCAUGUAAAUAAAUAUAGAUGAAUAAGGCAGUUCCAGUACGUGAGAUGAACAAGUAUUACU